CGCAAAAAAAAACACGCUCAACGUGUAGUCUGUUGUUUUGUUUGUUUUUCUUUACUGUGAGUAUUAUAAAGGGUACCUUGUAAACCUUGCUCAACGCCAGCAAUAGCAUGUGUUCUUGUGAAGUUCAUUGUUUCAGAUCUACCUGCUUUGAAAGAAAGGAACGCACGUGCGCGCUGUGUCUCUUCCAAACUCUCUGUUUCUUGGCUCCUCCUCCGGACCACAAUGUGACAGAUUCAACUUGUCUGAGCAGCACCAGCGCAGCUCCUCACUUAUUCCCACUGUCACUAUCACAUUUUGAUCGAUGUCGUGACGCACAGACAACAUCUCGUUUCCCCCCCGUGCCAGGCUGAUUUUACUUUUCGAGUUGUUUUUGUUGUUGUUUUAGCACUUUCAAGACAUUUAUUUAGUGUUGAACAUGGCCACACCGGCUGCGCUGCUGCCCGCGACAACGAUGGCCCACGCGCCUCCGAUGUCGGUCGCCGCGGCGCUCAACUCCUCGACCCCGGCGACCCUCUCGCCCUCACCGUCCGUCACCCCAUCCGGACCGAGCCUCUUCAGAUCGGAACUGCUCUCCUCCGCGAGCCCGGGCAUCCCCAUCGGAAGUCUCCCGCACAAACCCGUGUAUUCCACUCCUUCUCCGGUGGAAAACACCCCUCAGAACAACGAGUGUAAAAUGGUCGAGGUCCGAGGCGCAAACCUCGCGUCUUUCACUGUCAACGACAACGAGCUCAUCUGCCUCCCGCAGGCUUUUGACCUGUUUCUCAAGCACCUGGUCGGUGGACUGCAUACCGUGUACACUAAACUCAAACGUCUGGAGAUAACGCCUGUGGUGUGCAACGUGGAGCAGGUUCGCGUCCUCCGUGGACUCGGCGCGAUUCAGCCUGGAGUCAAUCGCUGCAAACUUAUAUCGAGAAAAGACUUCGAGGUUCUGUAUAACGACUGCACCAAUGCAAGCUCCAGACCUGGCAGACCUCCUAAACGAACCCAGAGCAUGACAUCACCCGAGAGCCCUCACGUCCUGCCCCACUCCGUCUCUGGACUCAUGUCCUCAGGAAUGAUGUCUCACACUGGCCUAACAGCUGCCACACUUGCUGAAGCCAUGAAGAAGAAGAUCAAAUUGGAGGUGAUGAAUAGUUACCAUGGCAAUAAUAACCACGGCACAGAUUCUGAGAAUGGUGACAUCACCUCCAGCAUGGGUUUGGAACUUCCAUUCAUGAUGAUGCCACAUCCCUUGAUUCCAGUCAGUCUGCCUCCUGCCUCGGUCACUAUGGCAAUGAACCAGCUGAACCAUCUCAACACUAUUGCCAAUAUGGCAGCUGCUGCUCAGGUCCAGAGUGUCCCGUCCAGAAUGGUGACGUCAGUUAUAAAGGAGCGAGUUCCAGACAGCCCGUCACCUGUCCCCUCUUUGGAUGAUGGCCGCAGGUCAGGGAGCCACUUAUCCUCCAGACAGAGCAGCAGCGUGUCCAGCUCUCCUGCACUCACAGAGAGCUCUUCUGACCGGCCACAUUUACAUCAGAAUGGUCUUUCUCUUGGCCACGCCUUGUUAGGCCUGUCUCCAAGUGCACCACCAGGACCAAAAGAGGGGGAUCUGGCAACCCAUGACACAGGCCAUGUAACAAAGAGGGCUUCUACAGAAAAAGAAGAAAAUGUCUUGUGUACACCGACAUCUCGAGACAGCUAUGAGCGAGUGUCUCAUUCUGGGCCAACAUUACCGCCAGGAUUCCCUGCUCCACUGCUCUUUCCUGAAGGCCUGUCCUCCAUAGAAACCCUUCUCACCAAUAUACAGGGUCUGUUAAAGGUGGCUAUCGAUAAUGCACGGGCACAAGAGAAGCAGGUCCAGCUGGAGCGCACAGAGCUGAAGAUGGAGCUGUACAGAGAGAGAGAGCUGCGAGAGACGCUGGAGAGACAGCUCUGCGUCGAGCAGAAAAACAGAGGUGAUUAUUAG